AUGGCUUCAUCAAGAGCUUCCUCUCCCGCCUCGCGCGGUGGCUCACCAGAGCCUUUGACGCCGCGUUCCAAAAUCAAAGCUCUACUGGCGACGGUAGAGAGCAGCGAUGACGACGCAUCACAAUCCGGCAGGAGGACGAAGACGACAAAAUCAUCCCUUAUUUCUCAAUUACCUCGCAAGACACAGAGCCCUCGAUCAGCACUAGAUGACGGGUCAGACGAGUCAGAUAUCGCCAUUCGACCGAGAGGGAAACUCGCCUCUCGAAUGCAGGGCGGACAAAACAAGAAUACCGCCUCACAGAGUCCUCAAUCUGCACCGGAGACUGCGCGGGAACGCGUACGAAAGUUGCUGCAACGCGAGGAGGCGGAGCAGGAUGAGAAGGCGUCGAAUGGGGAUGACGAGGACGAAGAACUUCCUGUUGCGCCGAGACGCUUGAAGCGACGUGCUCCGAUUGAUGACGAAUCGGAUACUGCGGAGAGGGCACCUCGAUCGGAUAGUCCUGGGUUGUUUGUUUCGUCUCCAAUGCGUCCAUCACCAGCGAAGAGUGUGGCGGACAAUGAGGACUCAGAUAAUGAUUUGCCUGCCUUGAAGUCUGAUCGUUUCAAGGCCCUUGUUGAACGGAAGAGACAGGAGCGACUUGCACGAGAAGCUGCUGAAGAAGCUCGCAGGGCUGAAAGACAUGCUCAGCAGGAAAAGCUGGCAUCUGAGAUGGAACAGUUCGUCUCGGAUGAUGAUGUCGAUGGAAUUACGGACGACGAGGGCGGCAGACGACUUACACAGGAAGCUAGACCUACGAGAAAGGCUAGCAGGAAGGCAAUUGAGGAGAUGAACCGGGAGACGCAGCGCAUGGCGAGAAGCAUGCAGCUUGCUCAUGAGGCCAAGACGAGGAAGAAGAUUUCUAAAGCCAGUCUUUUCGAGCGGUUUAACUACAAGCCUGUUGGUGGAGUAGAGGAUGCGAUGCCUGUUGCUCAUAGCUCCAGUCGACCUACGACGCCGCAGUCUGAUGUUGAGAUGGGUGAUGGCGAUACACCGCCGAGCUCGCCGCCAGUUGACAAGCAAGAGAAGGUUACUACUGAGAAUGUGACAGCUGCAACGAACGAUGGUGAAGGGGCGGUCCAACCAGACGUUGCAAAGGAGAUAGGAAUCACAGAGCCAAGUGUUGAGGCUGAACAAGAACAAAAGCCUAGGCGAAGGGUACGAGUUCGAAUACCUGCCUUGACGUCACACUUGGCUGCGCUCGACUCUGAUGACGACCUCGAAAUUACGACUACAGCCAAGGACAAGAUUGACGCGCUUUUUGCGAAUGUACCUUGCAAGAAGUCUGGCGAGGUACAAUCGCUACAAAUCUUCCGCGCUUUGGCACAAGUCAAGUCUCCUGGUAAGGAGCGUCGCGGAAGAAAGGACCCGUCCAAGAUGACACCUGGUGAGCUACAGGCUUAUUUGCAAAUCAAGGCACGCCAACAGGCCAAGUUGGAGCGCGACCGCCGACUUGAGAUUCUCAAGGGACAGGGAAUCGUUAUCCAGACUGCCGAGGAGCGAGAGAGGCAAGAACAAGAGGUUGAAGAUAUUGUGGCCAGAGCACGCGAGGAGGCACAGAAGAUUAUGGAGGAGGAGAGGGACGAAGCUAAGCGACAACUGAAGGAGAACGGUGAAGUCGAUCCCCUGGCCUGGGAUGACAGUGAGGACGAAGAGUAUCAAGAUCCAGCGGAGGAAGGUGAUGAGGAAGCGUCAGAUGUGGAACUGUCGGGGUCUGAGGACGAGGAGGCCGAGGACGUUCAAGAGGAUGAGAGCGGCGGCAAUCCUCUAUUCGAGGAAGAGCCUGAGUCCUCUGGGUCUGACGCUGAGUCGGCUGCUAAGGAUGGGAGUGAUGCGGAUGAAGUAGAGCAACCGGUCUUGAGACAACGACGAGUACGAAACAAGACCGCGGUGCUCUCAGAUGACGAAGGCGAAAAUGGAGUAGAUGCUACUCCCAAACCUGCCAAGGUUGCCAGUCAAAUGACACCCGCAGCUGGAAGCACAACGUCUCCCGCUGCUCCGGGCUCGGUCUUGCGAUCUGCCAAGAAGACAUUUAUUCCUGGGCUUCCAGUUCAGGGACCGGCGGGCCUGGGUCUCACGCAAAUAUUCGCUGGCACCAUGGAUAGCCAAAUGAGCGGUUCUGCCGCCGGACCAACGCAAUCCAUGAUGCCUGACUUUGAUCAUUUCCCGGAUUCCAACUUCUCAGCUACAGCAGAUGAACCAGUCGAAGAGAUGAUUAUCGAUUCUCAACGGGAGGAGACCCAGGGAGUCCAGUUUAAUCUGUCACAAUCUCAGAUGCAUGGCUUGGGAACACUUAUGGCCAACGGUGUGCAAACUCAAAUGUCUGAGACGAUAGAGCUGUCCCAGGAUGCAGGUCUGCAGCAACACACUCCUCUCCGUGACCGAUUCGUCGAGCCACCUUACUCAACAGUUGAGACGGUGGUUCCCGAGAGGCAGAAUGAGGAUACGGUACAAGAAUCGCCACUUGUCCGCCGCGGCCGCCUCCGACGAAGGAUGGACAUGUCCAUCGCAGAGACGGUCAUUCCAGAAGCCAGUGAACCCAGCACACAAGACAAUGCCUUCAAGGCCAUGGCAGAAGCAGCCAAGAAGGAAAAGAAGCUUCGGCUGACGGAGGACUUUGACCGCAAGAAGAGUAAAGCGAAAGAAAUGAUUGAAGAGCAAGCCGAGGAGUCUGAGGAUGAAUACGCCGGUCUGGGUGGUGCGGACGGCGAGGACAGUGACAACGAGUCAAACGGCUCCGUGGAGGAGAUGAUUGACGACGCCGCCGGCAAUGACAAUGACGAGCGGAAGCUAGCAGCAUUUUACGCUGACCGUGAAAGAGCCCACGACGAACAACAAGUCGAGAAGCUAUUCAAAGACAUCACGACAGGCAUGCUCCGUCGCAAGCGCGGCGCAGACUUUGACCUCUCUGACUCAGAUGACGACGGCGAGGCGCGCAAGCGCAUGAAGCGCCGACAAUUCGCCAAGAUGCAAAAGGCGCUCUUCGCAGACGAGCGCGUCAAGAAGAUUGCUGAAAACCCGGGAAACCAGCAUUCCUGCGAACCAUUGAAGACCGCGGCAGCGACGACGAGAUUGAUUUCAUGGAUGUCCUGGACACGCCGUCUCAAGCGGAUUCAACUUCUCAAGACGACAACCCGGAGCAACAUUCCGCUACCACCAUUCCAGACAGCCAGCCCACACAACUGCAACCGCUACCGAGAAGUGCGCGAGACGCUCUCCAAUCUCCUCGACGAGCCGCACGGGUCUAUCAUCCCCGCCACGGAAGCCGGUUCCGACAGCGAAGACGAGGAGUACUCACGCAGCGACAAGGAGAAUCAGAACCAUGGCGUCGUGGACAGAAUCACACUUAAACGAAAUGCGUCGUCGGCAAGUUCCACCGUCCGCAUGGCAUUUACUACGCAGACAUCCUCGUCGUUCAAGGUGCCUGCCUUGUUACGACGAGCAACCACCAAUUCUACACUCAUGUCCGGGUCUUCGGGCUCGGCGAUGAGCAGCGCAGGCGGGUUCGGUGAAGAAGCCAAGAUUAAGAAGGGCGCGGGGAAGAAGAGCGGCAUAGGGGGCUUUGCGAGGAACGAGCCUGCGAAUAAGGUGCAGGAGAGUGAGAGGAGGAGACAGGAGCGGAGGGUGAAGGGCGCAAAGGGGAGGAUAGGCAUGGUUGGUGGGAUAUUGGGCAGGGGAUCGUUUGAGUAG